GUUUCAAAAGCAAAACAAUGUGAGUUGCUUAUUACGUGAGUAAAUUGUGAAUUCCAGUUCUCAGUUUGGCCAUGCUUUAUCUGUACAUAAAGUAUACGGCAUAUAAUUAUAAAAAAAUAACUUCUAAGAAACAGUAUAUUCUUAAUUUGUUUAAAGAACAUGUUCUGAAAAUUAUUCGGAUUUUUGAAGUUUUAAAAAAACAACACUUAUUUUUUUUUUCACUUUCAUAGAAUAUAUAAAUUGCUAUUUCAGUGUUGAUGAAGUAUCAGACUUUCAAUACUCAGCUACAUAAAUUUCUAUCCAUAAAAAUUGUUUUCUUACUUUUUCAUCAGCAACUAAUAACAGAUUUUAUUUUAGAUAUAAAAAAUGCACUCAGAUAUAUAUGUUCUGCUUUACCACUCAGAAAUAAUACUUAAGUGAAUUUUAUGGCAUGGGCUAUACUUUCACAUCAUUUUGAGUUUAUUAACUUUCUUUAGAAUAUGGUCAGUUUUAUCUGGUUGCAUGUGUAGUCUCCCUUUUAUUUUUUGUUUAUUAUCUCUGUCUUUAAAAUGUAUUGAACUCGCAUUCUCUACAUUGAUUAUACAUUCUUUAUGAAAAUUAAUAUUUAGACAAAAUAAUGCAUAAGACAAUUAACAUUAUAUAAUAUUACAGAACUAAUUCUAGAAUGGCUACUAUGUGGAAAGCUAUCAAAUACUGCAUUUUUAAAGUAAAUAAUAGAAGCAUAUUUCUAUCGUAGUUAUAUGAGAACUGAAUAAUAUGAGAUUAUAGUAUAGUUAUACGAGAAUAUCUGAAAUAAUAUUUUCACAAGCCUACACAUAAUUUUCAAUACUUGGGUUUUCAAAGCAGAAAAAGUUGUAAAAUAAUACACAUCCAGAAAUAAGUGUCAAAAGUAGCUAGUUAUCUGAUACAUAUGUAGAUCAUAUGAGCAGGAAUGUGAUAUAUUAAUGCAUAUAUUAAAUCGGAUCGAAAAGUAAUUGCCCUGCGUUUUCGCAAUAGACGCACAUUACUCGGCUUUUAAUGCUAAUUUAGCAACAUAACAGAACAAAAUUAGCAGAUACCAAACAAAUAUAAACACAUCUUAAUCCCGUUUUUCCCCAUAUAUUUUCCUUUUCUCCCUAGCACCUAUUCCCCACAUAAUAUUUACUUCCGUUGGCAUAAUGAAAUGUCGCCCAUAUCUUUAAAGGAGCCAAGUUGGCGCAACCAAGGCUGUUCUCCGAACCUUGCCGCCCCACGCAAUUCCGCGGCUAAUCCGGAGUGUACCGUAUUUACAAUGAAUUAAUUUAUACGAACAUGCUGGCUCCACGUCUUAAAAUUUAAAUUUUAAGACUGAAAUAUUUUUAGACGUCAGCCUAACCAAAAUAAAAAAGCUGUUAAGGAAUUCUUAAAUUCUUUGCCAAAGCCGAAGAAGAACAAUUAUGCGACAUUCAUUGUCCAUCCCUUCUGAUUUGUAGGAGUGGCGGUAAAGUGGUAGUUUGAUUUGAAUAGUGUAGUUUAAUUAAGAGUAUAUUAUUCGAAAUGCUUAAGUUUCGAAGCGCAUGAAUUAAGACUUGAAUUUGCAUAGAACUAAAUCUUUUCAUAACUGAAAUUUAAUAAUUUUUUUAUCGCCAAAAUGAGCACAGUCGAUGCAUCUGAUAUUUCUCCUGAGACCACAUGGGAGCUCUAUGAGAUGUGUUUAGCAUUCUUGGAAGCUCCUUUCUAUCAUUUAGCAUUAGAGGCUGUUUUAUUGUUAAUGGUAAUCUGGUUGCUGUUUCAUAAGAGCUAUAAGCCUAAGGAGACAGAAUUAACUGAACAGGAGAAAGAGCAGUUAAUUUCAGAGUGGACACCCGAACCUUUAGUUCCAGAUUCUGAUGAAAAUCAUUACUCUUUGAAACCAAGAACUGUAUCUGGGAAAGUUGGAAAAUUCAUAGUUAUAGAUGGAGAAAAGAAAUGUUUGAAUGCAGCCACUCAUAAUUAUCUAGGCUUAGUAGAACAUCCAAAAUUAGAGACGGCAGCAUUAAAUUGCUUGAGAAAAUAUGGUGUGGGAUCUUGUGGACCAAGAGGAUUUUAUGGAACUGUUGAUAUUCAUUUGGAGCUGGAAGCAAAUCUCGCCCAGUUUAUGAAGGUGGAAGAAGCUGUAUUAUAUUCGUAUGGUUUUUCUACUAUAUCUAGUGCUAUACCAGCAUAUGCAAAGCAUGGAGAUGUUGUGUUUGUUGAUGCUGGUGUAAACUUUGCUAUACAAAAAGGCUUGGUUGGAUCUCGCAGUGAAAUCCACUUCUUCAAACAUAAUGAUCCUGAUGAUUUAGAAAGGCUCUUGAAAGAGCAAGCUGAACGAGAUAAACGUAAUCCAAGUAAAGCCAAAGUGACUAGGAGGUUUUUAGUUCUAGAAGGUAUAUAUAUCAACUAUGGAGAUAUAUGUCCUUUACCUAGAAUGGUUGAACUAAAGAACAAAUAUAAAGUAAGAAUAUUUAUUGAUGAAGCAUGUAGCUUUGGUGUUCUUGGAGCUACUGGACGAGGUGUUACAGAGCAUUUAAAUAUACCUAUAGAUGAAAUUGACCUUAUAACUGCUACCCUAGAAGCUGCAAUUCCGAGUUAUGGAGGGUUUUGUAUAGGCACCUCAUUUAUUGUUGAUCAUCAACGAUUAUCUGGUCUUGGGUACUGUUUCUCUGCUUCUUUGCCACCUCUUCAAGCAGGAGUCGCUAUAGCUGCUUUGGAAAUUUUAAACUCUUCUCCUGAUAUUGUACAUGACCUGAAAGAAAAUUGUAUAUACAUGCAAGAACAUCUUCUCAAGAUUCCUGAACUAACUAUAUGUUGUGAUACUCUGUCACCGAUAAAGCAUCUAUAUCUUGCCGAACCCCUUCCGAGGGAACAGGCUUUAAAAAAGCUGAACGACAUUGUUAAUUAUGUGAGUAAUACAUCUGUUUUUUUUUCCAUAAAUUGAAUAAUUAGAUGUGAU